UUACACAAUCACUGGAAGCAAUGCUGACAACACACCGGAUUGCAGUCAAUCAAUGCUCGAAAGAAAUCUAGCUAGCCUUACAGCUUCCGCGUUGCAGCUCAAGCCGUCAUAUGACGUAUCACGAAGAGACGACACAAAAUAAAGAGCUUCGAUGUAGUAACAUCGGACAGCAAGAACGCAUUAUCCAAAACAGCAGAAUCAUGUCUACCCAGGAGACCAACAUUGACCUAUAUACUGCGGGCACGCCCAAUGGCCAGAAGAUCAGCAUCACAUUGGAAGAACUUGGGCUAAAGUACAAUGUCCACAAGAUUGAGAUUGCGAAGAAUCAACAGAAAGAGGAGUGGUUUUUGAAGAUUAAUCCAAACGGCCGCAUCCCCGCCCUAAUCGACACCACAAACCCCUCCACCCCACAAACCCUCUUCGAAGGCGCCUCAAUCCAACUCUACCUAACCUCCACCUACGACCCCUCCCACACCCUCUCCUUUCCCCCAACCUCCCCAGAACACUACCAACUCCUCAACUGGCUAAUCUGGAUGCAAUCCGGCAUAGGCCCCAUGCAAGGCCAAGCAAACCACUUCUACCGCUACGCCCCCACCAAAAUCCCCUACGCUAUAACCCGCUACCAAACCGAAACCAAGCGUCUCUAUCAAGUUCUCAAUGAUCGUCUAGCUGAACAAGAAAAGAAAGGAGAGGGGUUGUGGAUUGUAGGAGGGAAAUAUACGAUUGCCGAUAUUUGUUGUUUUAGUUGGGUCAAUUGGGCGGAAUGGGCGGGGGUGGAGACGAAGAGUUUUGAGGCGUUGCAGAGGUGGUUGGAGACGAUUCAGAAGAGGGAGGCGGUGAAGAGGGGGUGUGAUGUGCCGGAUAAGUUUGAGAUGAAGGAGGCGAUGAAGACGAAGGAGGGGGCGGAGGACUAUGCGAAGCAUCAUAGUAACUGGGUGAUGAAGGGGGUAGAGGAGGAUCAGAAGAAGCAUGCGUAGAGUCGGUAGGCGGGGAAGAAACACAGCAUUUGAGUCG